AUGUCCCUGCCGGUGCUCCCGGGCUACGGCUUCGAGCGCUAUGUGGGAGAGGAUAAGUACAAGAGAGUGUUGGUGUCUGAGGCUCAGCAUGGAAGACGUGAGAUGUUGCCUUAUGGGCCAAAGAAGAAGCCCAAUCACAGUGCAUAUCCUUCAGGAGUGGGAAGUACACUACCAUCCUGGGUGGCUUUUGAUAAACACGUAUUAGCUUUUGAUGCAUAUGAAGAAGCUGAAAUGGAUGAUAAAAGGCAAGAAGACUAUAGAAUAAGACGCUAUAAAAUCUACUUCUACCCUGAAGAUGACACAAUUGAAGUAAUUGAACCAUUUGUAGAAAAUAGCGGACUGCCUCAAGGGACUUUUAUCCGGCGUCACCGGAUUCCUCUUCCACCUCCUAAUGUUGAAAAGUUUUAUACUGUGUAUGAUUUCAAUAUCAACAUAGAUGUUGUCUUUUAUGCCCGGACUUUCAAGAUUUAUGACUGUAAUCCAUUCACAAAAAACUUCUUGAAGAAAAUAGGAGUCAGAUUAAACCCCCCGGGAAAGUGUCCAGAUGAUCCGUACACAAAGAUGCGGAGAGAGAUACUAGACUACGUGCAACCUUUACGUCCCUAUGAGUACUUCGACACCCUGAAAGACUUCCUUGAGUAUGAUGGGAAGGUUCUGCGCUUCUACUGCAUGUGGGAUGACUCCGGCUCAGUUUUUGGGGACUAUAGACAACUCAUCUUGCAUUACUUCUUGUCUGAUGGUACUAUUGAAAUCAAAGAACUGCUGCCCCAUAACUCAGGCCGGGACCCUAUGUCAUUUUUCCUCCUGAGGGGAAAGCUGCCCAAGUAUGGCCCACCUGGAGUCCAUCAACCAGGAGACGUAACAGAUAGAAUAGUUCUCAAUGUGUAUAAUGGCUAUAAUGUAAGCCGAGUGCAUGGCUACCUGUUGGAUAAAUUCAAGGUGGCAAAAUUAGAACAAGAGUUUUACAAAGAUACUGACCUGAAAAUAGGAGCCACCAUCAAUGUGUGGGGAAGAAAAGUGCUCCUUUGUGACUGUGAUGAAUUUACGAAGACUUAUUAUAGGACUAAAUAUGGAAUUCAGAACUUUAACUCAAUUCCAUGCAAGCCUCCAUCUCCUCCAAAAAUAGAAAGGAAAUUUCCACCUUACACCGGUUUUGGUUCUGAAGAGGAUUCUCUCCGCUCCUGCAUAGGCCUCGUGCCUGUAGUUCGUCCUAAUGUGGAGGCCUUCAAGAAGUGCAUAGAAAAAGACAGCUUUGGCAAUGAAAGCAAUACACUCCGUUUCUUUGCAAAAAUGAUUAAGCACCAAUGUGCCAAUGCGGAUAGGCUGUUUGUUAUUUCAUAUUUUCUUGGCAAUAACACAAUGUCAGUGUUUGAACCCAUAGAGAGGAAUUCAGGGUAUACUGGUGGAUUGUUCUUGAAAAGAAUACGUGUUAAGAGGCCUGGACAAGAAGUUUUUAAAAGUGAACUAUCAGAAUAUAUCCAGCCCGAGGAGCUGUAUAUUGGAGCCACAAUAAACGUGAAUGGCUACCUGUUUAUGUUGCUCAAUGCUGAUGAGUACACCUUAAAAUUCAUGGAGGAGAAUUCAGAUAAGUUUCCUUAUAGCAACCUUGAAUGUGCCCUACAAAAGCUGAAAGCUGAAAAAUCAAAAUCCAGAGAGAUCAAGCAGGUAUUUAGGGCUGUUGAUUGUUAUCUCACAAAGAUGGUGGAUUAUAAUACAUUCAGAAAGAUUGGGCUGCCUAUGUCUCAGGCAUAUUUAAAUAUCUAUCCUUUCUUUUCUCCCUUCCAGUUUCCUUAUAGCAACCUUGAAUGUGCCCUACAAAAGCUGAAAGCUGAAAAAUCAAAAUCCAGAGAGAUCAAGCAGGUAUUUAGGGCUGUUGAUUGUUAUCUCACAAAGAUGGUGGAUUAUAAUACAUUCAGAAACAUACUGAUGGAUAUAACUGUUGGGAGACUCAAAGAGCAAGAAUUUAUAACCAUUGUACGUCACUAUGGAGUGCCUGAAAAACCGUGUCCCAAUGGAACUACCCUACUUUCAAUGGCUCAUGAACAGUUCAGGAAAAUUUUUUUUGAGGAUUUUGACAAACUCAUUAAUUACUGUCAAUACGUAGAUCAAGAAAAUAAAGAGAAAUUGCCCAACAAAUUCAUCGAAAGGCUGUGCAAGUCCGCCAGGUUGCCUUUGAGUAAUGAACUUAUACACUCCUUAGUGUCCAAAUGGUGGAAAUCAAGCAGGUCAACAUUAUUCCCCAUGACAAGUAGAUGGAUGGAUUCUAUAGUUUUCAAGCCAUUCAUCAUGUUUGGGAGGGGGAGCAAGAACAGCCAUCAAAUGACACAUUAG